AUGGCUGCAGCUCAUGGGUCAGCUACUCACCUUGCAGCAGGACCGAUGACCCCCUCCGCGCCGGUGGCGGCGGACGAGGUGCAGGAAUAUGAGAGAAUUCUCAAGAUCAGCGAUGACAUUUUCUGGGGGCUACAUCCUCGUCUCAAAGUGCCUCAGCAGUUUGUGCGAAAAUCAACCACGCGCAAUGGUCAACCUGCUCCCGUGGCCCAGACACAGCCAGCCAAACCCAAGCCCUCCAAAACACCUGCCUCUCAACCUCCUGCGACCGCCACUCCUCCCCCAGCCCGCGUUGCCCCCAAACCUGCCUCAGAGAUCAAUCCUAUCUUCUUGACCAAGUCGGAUGAUCUCGUCAGAGCGGAGUUACAGCUACAACGACAACGGGUGGAGAGAGCGCUGCGGGACCAAGUGGAGCAGAAGAAGCAAGAAACAAAACAAAAGCUCUUGCUGCAGGACACAACCCCGGGAUUUGAUGUCGAAGAGGUGUUGAACAGAGCACUUGAGCUCGUGAAACCCCUCUCCCUGAGUGAUCCCUCGGAGGCUACUGGCCCCGGUGAUGACGACAAUUCGUUUUAUUCCAGUAGAGCCCCAGACUCUCCGCCCCAGAUUGGCGACCACCAAAGGCCAUCUCCGGGAGCUCGGCUUCAGGGCCACAAAUCAGAUGAGUUGCAACGGCUGGAAGCUCUCAACCCACCUGGAUCUGAUCAGGAAAUGCAUGAUGCUUACCCUGUGGCUGACCAGCGUUCAUUGUAUGUCCAGAAGCAGCAGCCGCGACAGGGCCAUGCCGUGGUACAGCAACCGGUCGAACCUCUGGAGGAGCCCGAGUAUUCUCCGCCUGCGCCAACGGUACCCCCAGUGGACUAUCAAGAUGACCAGCGUGGCGCCAGGGGGCGACGACGUGUCUCGGACGGCAGGUAUUCCGUUCGUAGCCAGGAAAUGCGCAGACCUCCUUCCCCUGCAAACGGCAUUAGAGUGGUUCAGAACCAUAUCACUUCUCCUGCAGCCCCGCGGCCAUCGCGAGUGUCACCUCUAGCCACAAAGAAAGCCCCGGCCGUCCAGCAACUUCGUGAUGAGCGUACAGGAUACCAAUCAGACCAGGUGUAUUCUGACCCAGAUUCUGCCCUUGGCAGCCCUACUGCUCCCGCCCCGAAUGUGAUCUCUCGAAAAAGGAGAAGACUUGACGGAGGAGCUGGCCGCGCAUCACAUGCAAACCCUACAGAAACCUACAUCAAACAAGAGCCAGUGUCUCCACCGCCAUUUGCCGAUGAUCCCGAAGUUCUUCGCGGUCGACCGCGUCAAGAGCAGCCUGUGUACAUUGACAGCGUGUCGCCACGGUACACGCCAGUGGCUGAGAGGCGCGAGCCGGUCCACGAAACUCACGGGUACUACGAGCGCGCAUUGGAGCCAGGGCCGCUACGUACAAGUUCUCGGCUCAGUACCAGACGGCCAGUUCGUGAUGACGGGGAACUUCGCCGUGUUGCAAGCGUUCAAUACGCUAGGCAGUCAGACUAUCCUCGCGAAUACACUGAGGUCAACCCACAUAUGGCCCGAUCCGCGUCCUAUACGGUGGUCGACCGUCCGAGAUAUUACGAAGAAGCCCCUCAUUCCUAUGGCCGCCGCUACGUUGCUGUAGAUGAACCGCCGCCAACAUAUCAGGAGCCAUAUUACGAGGAGGUCCCGCAUGCACGAAGAAUGGCUCCUCCACCGCGACGGAUUGUGGUCGACGAGCAUGGCACUCAGUAUAUUGAGAUGUUGCCGGCACAGAGGACACAGCCCAUGGCCCCGCCACCUCGUCCAGUAUCUCAGGUAUCGAGAAGCGAUGUGUACGAGGAUCGUGCGCCUCUCCGUUCUGCCAGCAUGCGCGCUCCGUCUGUUGUGCAAGAUGCUUAUGGCGAGCACCGGUAUGUACAAGAAAUGCCACCACCACAGUCCGUCUAUCGGCGCGUCACCUCAGACUACGCCCCACCCACAACCAGCGACAGACGGAUCUAUGCCGCACCAUUGGACGGAUAUGAGACGACUUACUCUCGUCCCGGUAGCGUGCAGGUGGCUGAAUAUGCUCCGCGACAACCGACGUACUAUGAAGAAUACAAUCCCCCUCCCUUAGAAAGAAUCAUCCGCACAACAAGUGUGCGCCCUCAACCAACUCGAUACGACGAGCCGGAGGAAGUUGUGCAGCGAGCUGGAAGUGUGAGGCCAACUGGGCCCCGUCGCGAGACGAGUGUAUACGUGGAAGACCGCCGGGCACCGGAGUACCGGGUGGAAGAACCCCCAGUCGGCGAAUACUGGAACCGACCGGUCUAUGUCCCUGCGCCGCGACCCGUUCGGGAGCGGCGAUACUAUGAAGGCGAGGAUGGACGUCAUAUUGCAUCGGACGGCGCUGGUGAUCUGGUUCAGCGUGGAUCUCAGCGUUACUGA